AUGGCGGAACAAAAUUCCGCAUUGAUCGCGGGUCUGGGCUGUCAGCCUGUCGAGAGCAGCUCAGAGGCGGACGCAGGAAUCAACUGGCAAUGGCUAGAGGAGCCGCAAGGCGCCACGGGCCUUGAGUGGGCGAAGCACGAGACGGAAAUCACACAGGAGCACCUGGACAGGCUCCCGCGCGCGCACAAACUCCAUGAAAAGCUCGAGAAGAUGAUUGAACAAAAUGCUGCACCGCCGACAUAUGCCCUAUGUGGACGCCUGUUUCGUCUGAGGCGCGACGCCGUCCGUAAAAGUGGCAUCAUCGAGGUUGCCGCAUUAGAAACACCCGACGAGUGGACAACCGUUAUCGAUAUUGAUGAUCUGAGGGAACGUGAGGGCAAGCCUUGGCAGCUGUCCCAAACCGUGUUACCAUGCUUUUCGAGUGUUUACUUGGGAGGUCAGUCCUCGCGACUGCUCCUCGGGCUGUCCGAGGGGGGUUCGGACGAGACGACAAUUCGCGAGUUUGACGUCGAUCAAGCCGCCUGGGUGACAGAUGGCUUUGCAGCCGGCCCAGGGCGCUUCAGUGCGGCAUGGCUCGACCUUGACCACGUCAUGAUCACGCAUGCGCUCAACGGCGGUCCCACUUGCAACACUGGCUGGCCGCUCAAUACAUACAUUUGGGCCAGAGGCACCGAACUUGCCGACGCAAAACUGGUGCACUCAGGCGACCCGGGCGAUGCAAUCUUAUACUGCUCGGCAGUCGGCACUGGCCGGACUCGUCGUGGCUUGAUUGGACAAGCCGCCACCUUUGCGGAUCUAAAAUUUCACACAGUGUCCAUAGACGGCACAGUCGAGAGAGCUAGCCUACCGCAAGGCCUAUCUCUAGCCAUGUUCCUCCCGUCAACAUCUACGCACUUGUUCGUGACCACAACAGAGGAAUCGACCAUUGGCAACAAGAAAAUCCGCAAAGACGCACUACUGGCAUGGAAGUAUACUCAUGGCCAAACCCGGACAUCGGUUGUUUAUGUCCCGGAGUCCGGUGAGGCCAUCCUCGAUGCAGUCACCGGAGGGAUCAGCGCCGGCCCUUCCAAAGUCUACUUCACCCUCCUAAAGCGAAACACAGAGAGGCGCAUGGUUAUGGAAUACGUCAACGACGAGUGGAAGCUUUGUCAGGCUAUUCCAACACCCACUGGCGCCUCAGCAAAGGUGCAAACGGCAGAUCCCUAUUCCGACAGUAUUAUUGUGGAGACCUCGGGCUUGCUAAACCCCAAACAUGUUUGCCUCGAGAAUGCUGGAGGGUCAAGGAAGACUGACUUGUACAGUCAAAAAGCAGCAUUUGACCACAGCAAUUGUGCAGUGGAGACGCAAGUGGCUACCAGCAAGGAUGGCACAGAAAUUGACUAUUUCAUCAUGGCACCCAAGCAGGGCCGGGAGAAGCUCCCAGUAUUGAUCACAGGGUACGGCGCAUUUGGCAUGAACUUUGACCUCAGCUAUGUUGGCCCAAUGCUGGGCGGGUUGAGCUUAGCCCUGUGGUUGGAGCUCGGAGGCGCUUUGGUUGUUCCCUUGAUACGUGGUGGUGGUGAAAGAGGCGAAGACUGGCACCAGGCGGCUCUGCGCGAGAACCGCCAGCGUUCGUAUGACGACUUUGCCGCCGUGGCAGAGGCGAUCAUUAGCAACGGGCUGACCUCGCCCCAGAAGUUGGGUGUCUUUGGCUUUUCUAAUGGCGGGCUCCUCGCAGCCGUGAUGGGGACGCAGCGCCCAGAUCUCUUUGGCGCUGUGGUCAGCGACGUACCAUUGACGGAUAUGCUCAGGUUCCCGGAGUUGGCCAUGGGGUCAGCCUGGCUCAACGAGUACGGCGAUCCCAAGGUUCCCGAGCAGGCCAAGGCUCUCCGAGCUUAUUCCCCAUUCCACAAUGUCAAACAGGGAACAGCCUACCCGCCCAUGCUGAUUACCUGCUCGACUCUGGAUGACCGGGUCGGCGUGGGUCAUUCCCGUAAGCUUGUGGCGAGGCUAAAGGAGGUCGAGUCACCUAAGACCUUCUUGUACGAAGAGACAGAAGGCGGUCAUAGUAGCUAUCGUGACCUCACCACCAACCACUUGCAUCACCUCUUCCGAGACAUGGAUGAUAGCCCAGUAAACAUCGAGUCAAAGGUGGGCACGGCUGGGCACAUCAAGAUCUCAAUGAGCGGGUGA